ACCCCGGAAGUAGUUUAAAGUCGACCUUUCCCUCGUUACGCUCUUCUCUCUAAGAAGGAUUACUGCGGAUUUUGGAAACUAUCAUACAUAAUUGAUCUUGCUAAUUUUUUAACUGAAAACCAGAAGCGAUUUUUCUUCAGACACGCGAGUUUUGAUUUGAACUCGAUGCAGAAUUUAAUCCCUAGCUUGUAACAUCAGCGCUACGCUAACAAUGUCAACAGCUCCAGAGUCCGCCGUCGCUUCGUCCAAGUCAACCCAGGCGUUUAAGAACUGCUUUGGCUGCAGACUCAUCUCAGGAGGAGGACUAAUCCUGUCUGGAGCUUACGUGUUUCACGCAGCUCGGAGGGUGAUGCGGCAGGGGGCUCCUACAUCAAUGGGGACGGUGGCGCAGAUCACAUUCGCUGCAUGUGUGGCCGCGUGGGGACUAGUAAUCAUCACCGAUCCGGUGGGAAAAUCGCAGAAGAAAACCGCAUGAAUGAAGAGCUGCAGAUUUUAGCAGGACCAAACUCUGAUGUGGAUUAACUAACAGACUCAGUAUCUGCAGACACAUCUGAUGCUGCAUCACCACCAGCAGGCUAAAAGCUGCAAUCAACAUAAUGUGCCUGUUAUUUAUUGUAUUGCAUCCUCUAUAAAUAAGUAAAUAUGC